CUGGUUGCAGUCUGAUUUUCACCACUGGAAAAAUCAGUCGUUAUUACAGUGUUCGCGUAAGGGGUCCUUGGCACCCUAGAAGUACAAAACCCCACGGAUGAAAGCUAAAGUUUUCACAAGAUUCUGUUUCAUAGGAUUGUAAAAGUGAUAAUAGUUCUUUCUGAGGGAUUCUAAGAACGAUUUCAUCGAUUGAAACAAUGCAACAACAAGAUUUUACUUCUGAUACUUGUCAGCCAUUACAGUUUUUCUGUGCUCGAGCGAAAAAAAAUUUCCAGCAAUUUUAUUGAAGGAGGAGUACGGAUAUCGAUAAAAGUAAGGAGCGUGCUUUUUCCCGUAUGAGCCGUGAAGGGGAGUGAAUUGCAUCGAGGUCGCCGUGAGGUCGUUCAAGACGGACGCGAUAAUCAGUUAAGUUUCUUAACCCUGGAGAAAGUUAUUGAGUCGAAAUAACAUAAACGGUAUAUUUCUAUUCUUAAUAAAGUAAAGUGGUUAUAUAACUUGAGUUGAAACUACACAUUCAUAUUGCAUCGAGUUGAUCUACCUACUGAGUGAUACUUAGGAGCGUCAUUGGAUUGAGUCCCUCAGCAAACCAAGAAGGAAAAUAGCACGAGGUUGUGUGGGUUUAAUUGUACUACCAAAUUUUUCAUUCAUCGGGGUACUUUGAGGGAACGUGUCUGGAUUGAAUGCCGUUGGUGAGCCGAAACCAGCGGGAGGAGCAUCAUUAGUGGUGGUGUUUGUGCACAGUUUGACGUCCUGGCAGUCACGGGAGCUUUUCAGAGAGCAAACCUCUAUGAUACUAAGAAGAUCGUUGGAUCACUGGAUGCUUUUUAUUUGUCCAGAGCAAUCUGAGGCUGCAUCUCGGUGAAGGCGCACAUGUGCGGGCUACGUUUCAGAACUAGGAACUCUCCGUCUCAGAAAACAUCCUUACGUUGGGGCGACAGCUGCUCUCACUGAACAGUUGAAAUCCUUUACACGCGACUCAUCACAAUCCCACCACGGAGAUCGCAUACAUCUUCGCUGCUACUUCUCUUCAUCGUUCAAAUCGUGAUUUAUUUUCGAAAAGAACUAGAAAACUUAUACGUAAUAUUUACUGUAAAAAAUAAAACAGUCUAAAGAGUGUUAACUGAGAAGAAAGGUUGCAAAAAAUAUCAAACACUCGCAAACAAUGUUUGCAAUCAAAAUGUCAACUGCUAGUUAUAAGUGUACAGUUGUAAAAGUAAAAUAUCUGUGAUGUGUUUAAAAGUCUACAAGUCAAUGUUCUAAGAUUUCAAAGUAAGCAUUAACAGAGAAAACAAGUCAUUUGCGAUUUUGUGCACUAUUCGAAAAAAAAACAUUCCGUUACACAUCCGUCUCGUUCGACAUCUUCCUCGCUAAAACACACACUAGUACGGAAAUCGGAGAGGUCCUUGUGCAUCGUAUAUUCAAUGCAUAAACAUUCCUUCACAGCGAUACUACUAAGAGCCCAAGAACAAUAAUUUAAAUAGUAAGAUCAACUCCACUCACUAGAACGGAAUCUGGUAAUUAGUAAUCCAAAGUCAUUAAAUAGUGUUGACAUCUAUUAUCAGCUUCAUAAAAAAAUUACGACAACGAAGUAGAGAAUCCACGCUGCGUAUCUCAGUUUGCAUCCCGGCAUUUAACUAGUUUUCAUGAAAAUUCAUCGGAAAGGAAAGCUUUAAAUAUUAUUAAGUCCCUCUGAAACAAAAAAAAACUAGAACAGCAACGAGUAUCAUAGUCUAUGGAAACACACUUAUCUACAUCCUGAAACACAGUAUAAAGGACCGAAACGAAUCCUCUCAACGAUUCUUGCGGUGUGGGGUGUUCAGAUAUACAGACCACACUGAAAUCUGAGACUCCUAUCGGGAGCCCGAAGAAAGGAACAAACCCAACCAGUAUUGUCACUGAAAUACAAUCUAUUGGAACGCGACAACUAUCGUAUCUAGCGCCUCACAAUGAUUAAUAUCGCCGGAGUCAUCAGUAUCGUUUUGUUCUACAUCUUGAUUUUGGCUGUUGGAAUAUGGGCUGGUCGGAAGAAGGAAAGCGGCAACGACUCCGAGGAGGAGGUGAUGCUUGCCGGUCGAUCCAUAGGAUUGUUUGUCGGCAUAUUCACGAUGACAGCAACCUGGGUCGGAGGAGGCUAUAUCAACGGAACAGCAGAAGCAAUCUACACAUCUGGUUUGGUCUGGUGUCAAGCACCAUUUGGAUAUGCACUUAGUUUAGUUUUUGGCGGAAUCUUCUUUGCCAAUCCAAUGCGGAAACAGGGAUACAUCACCAUGUUGGAUCCGCUGCAGGAUAGUUUUGGAGAGCGUAUGGGAGGACUGCUUUUUUUACCGGCUCUGUGCGGUGAGGUGUUUUGGGCUGCUGGAAUUUUGGCUGCCCUAGGUGCCACCCUCUCAGUCAUCAUUGACAUGGAGCAGGAAACAUCAGUCAUUCUGUCCGCGUGUAUUGCGGUCUUUUACACCUUGUUUGGAGGAUUAUACUCCGUUGCGUAUACCGAUGUUAUUCAGUUGUUUUGUAUUUUUAUUGGCUUGUGGAUGUGUAUCCCGUUUGCUUGGACCAAUGACCACGUCAAGAGCCUUUCGUCGAUGGAUGUCGACUGGAUCGGUGAGAUUGGUGAAGGUUACCAUUGGUAUUAUGCGGAUUAUGGAUUGCUGCUGGUGUUCGGUGGUAUUCCUUGGCAGGUAUAUUUCCAACGUGUACUGUCUAGUAAGACUGCUGGGCGGGCGCAAAUCUUAUCUUAUGUAGCAGCAUUCGGUUGCAUCCUCAUGGCAAUUCCUCCUGUUUUGAUAGGAGCAAUCGCAAAGGCUACUCCAUGGAACGAGACUGACUACAAGGGUCCCUGGCCAUUAACAGCUCAAGAGACUAGUAUGAUCCUACCGAUGGUGUUGCAGUAUUUGACACCGGACUUUGUAUCAUUCUUUGGACUGGGUGCCGUAUCAGCGGCGGUCAUGUCAUCUGCCGAUUCAUCAGUAUUAUCCGCCUCAUCGAUGUUUGCCCGUAACGUAUACCGACUUAUUUUCCGACAGCGGGCAUCGGAAAUGGAAAUCAUCUGGGUGAUGCGUGUGUCAAUUCUGGUGGUGGGAAUUUUGUCCACCAUUAUGGCAUUGACGAUACCAUCCAUUUAUGGCUUGUGGUCCAUGUGUUCCGAUUUGGUCUAUUGCAUAUUGUUCCCACAGCUGCUAAUGGUUGUCCACUUCAAGAAGCAUUGUAACACAUACGGCAGUUUGUCCGCUUACAUAAUCGCAUUCUUGGUGCGGCUGUCUGGUGGUGAAGCUAUGCUGGGUCUCCCAGCACUCAUUCAUUAUCCCGGUUACGUUGUCGAAACGGGAACACAGAUGUUCCCCUUCCGAACAAUGGCGAUGAUCAUGAGCCUAAUAACAUUGGUAGGAGUUUCGUGGUGGACAAAAUGGGUGUUCGAAACCGGGCGCUUGGCACCAAACUACGACUAUUUCCGCUGUGUUGUCAAUAUACCGGAGGAACUCCACCGAGUUGAAGAGCCGUCCGAUUCUGGUGAACAGAUGUCGGUGAUGGCUGGCGGCAUGACUCGCAUGUAUGGAGCUGCCACGAUGGUGGGUAAUACCGAACGGAAUGGCCGUAUAAAUCCGGCACUGGAGGCGGACGACGAUUUACCGGUGGUUGAGGCUCAGCGUCAGAUGCAGCAACAGUCGACAGUAGGAGGCGGUGGUGGACUCAUGCAGGGUAGUGGCAGUGUGGUCCCUGGACAAUCGCAGGGACAUACGGCAUUUUGAAAUCGAAUGGUACAGUAAAUCCACUCUCGGCUUCUUUAGCACAGUAUUGAGUGGAUUACCGGUUGUAUAGCUAGUCAGAUGAUCAUACCUAGAGAUUGCAGUUUGGAUUGAACAUUGGAAUCUGUGUUUGGUUUUCCACGAUGAUUUCUGUUAGUAUUAAAACAGGAAGGUAUUCUACCGGGUAAUAUGGGAUACGAAUUACAAAACAGCAACUAAUACAUAUCAAAAACUAUAACUAGUAUUCAAAGUUUUGACAAAACAAAACAUAUCAUGUUAGACCUCAAACGGUAAAACAAUGCAAAGUAAGAGCCACUAGAGGAAAUUCCAAGCAUAUCAUACUUUAUAACGAAACAAAAACAGUGAAAUUCAAGUGUUAUCUUAAUGAGUGUGAGUUUAAAGAGUUUUAUCGAAGAGUAGCGCCGAAAACAUGAAACGCAGCAAUUUUAAAGGUAAUAGUUUUUACGUUUCAGAUUAUUGUUCCACUGUAUUGUGUGAAAGAAUGGGCAAUCGUAUCGAAUAUUGGAGAUGGGAAGACCCACAUUUUAAGUUAAGCAAUCGUUAGUGAAAUGUUUGCAGUAUCUGUGUUACUUUUUCAUAUACAAAACAGAAACAGACAACAGUUGUACAAGUUUAUUGUUUAUCAGAGGAGCUGUAGAAAUUUAUUUUAUCAGGAAUAUUCCCAGAAAAUGUUUAUCAAGCACAUAUAUUCAAAUUAUAGUUGCUAUUUGACAUAUUUUGGGAAGUGUAGACGUUUGAACGAAAAGCUGUGUAUCAAAGUUCAACACGCAAUGUGUUUUUAAACAGGAAAAGGUGCUAGAAAACUAGAAUAUAGCAUAGAAAAGUGUAUAAAAGCAGCAACAGUGCUACAAACUAAGAGAGAAAUACGCGGGGUACGCUGUUAUGUUUCAGGUUUAUACUCUAUAUCGUUUUAGUACUAUUCUAAUCUUGGUAUUCUUAAUGGCUGUAUGUUGGAUCUUUAAUGCAAAUGGAUUGCAAUUAUAUGUAUCGCUUGUAUGAUGAAUAAAUACUAAUAGAACUGAUUAUGUAAUAAAACAAACUAACAAGAAUUAGAAUUUAGUUACAUCUAGGGAAAGAGUAACAAAAUAUAGAUGUGAAAAAUCAGACAUUUAGAAAUAACCGAGAAACCAAGGCAAUUACAAACUAUAUAUGGAAUAGAAAGAAAAACUGACACUAAGUAAAACCUAAUACAUAUCAAACAAUGGUGCCCUUCAAAAAAGAAUAACCUAAAUUAUGAGCUACUAAGGCAAUUUUAUGCGUGGUAUGUUAUUUUCUGCGAACUAGAUAAGUUGGUAACAAGAGAACAACGGAGAAAAAAAAUGCAUAUUUGUCAAUGUAUGCCACGUAACUGGCAAUAGAUGCCCAUUGUUAUGGUAUAAGAACAAGCAACAGCUGUUAGGCAUGCAGUUACACAUUUCCGUUGCACUCUUACGAUGAGCUUUUCCACUGUGACCGAAUCAGCAUGACAAUGAGCUUGUUUGCAGUUCCUAUUAGUACCGGUUGUAUUUCAUCUUCCUCUCAUUUUUUCACAUUUUCACGCUCUAAUCACUGAUUUCUUUGUUCUGGGUUAAACCUUAAUUUGGAUAAUUUUUAAUUUACGUUUGGUGUCAUCAAACCGGCUUGAAAGUGAACAUUCUGAAGGAAUCUCAUGACUGAGAAAAAAAGGUUUUAGCGAGUAUUUCAAAUCAUGCUUAUUUUGUUAGAAAGGAUUUUUUCCAUUUUUUUAAAUAAUUUAAUAAUAAAAAUAAAAUUUAUAACAAAUCAUCUAUUUCUUUCAACAUUGUCUUAUUUGCACUUUUUAGUUUGUAUUGCUUAAUCGAGAGAUGAACCAUAGUUAAAAUCUCUGUUAUCAAAAUAAAUGCUGCUAAUGCGAAAAUUCAUCGGUAUACUGAAGAUGUCAUUAAAGAGUAGGGAAACAUUUAAAUCAGAUUACAUCAGAAUAGAUAUUCAGAUCCCUGCAAUAAUCGAGAUCAAACUGAACUUUUGUAGUAACUUUUAAUUUGGAAUUUAAUUUAAUUUGGAAUUUGUCCUCAAUAAGUUUUUGUUGGCACGGUAGCAAUGAACUUAAAAGAGACAGCUGUUUGACAUGUGUGUGAAAAAGCUAGUAAAAUUAGCUAUAUAUUAGUAGUUGGAAUUAGUCUUGCGACGAAAUUUCUAAGGAAGCUAUCCGUUGAUUCAAUCCUGUGAAUAAAUUCGACUUCUGCCUAUUAUUCGAAAACCGUUCUCGGAUUGGAAUUGGAUUUGUGUUUCCUAUGCUAAUAUUUGUAAACAAAUUUUCGUAAGUUGCUCCAGGAACUCCUGCGCAUCAAUUUUCUGGUUGAUGGUCCCGAUCGUGACGUAAAUGUCGAUCUCCAAGACACAGAAACAGAUGGUCUGUGACACGAAAUUACCAACUACCAAACCAGGAAUCUAGUUUUUUCAUAGGCAUCUUCAAUAUGAGAAACAUUUGUCAUAACUCAUGAAGCAUAGUUAUCAGCUGGAGUACACAUUCAUGAACUAAUGAACAAACGAAGCAGCUCUUUUUGAUUGGGCUGCGCUGUGAAUUACAUACAAAUUGAGGUUUUUAUGCCCGAAGAAAAAUGAACGGCGGCCCCACUGAAAAAUGGGUGGCCAACAUGUUUCCUGAUGAAAACAAAACCAUAUGUAACACAUGGAUCAAUAAGUCCCGAGACUAACAAUGGAAACAACAUUUUUUUGCAAAUUUUUUUUAUUCAUUAACAUAAUCACCUUUUAGGGUGAUACAAUGGUUCCAACGUUUUUCCAAUUUUUCAAUACCAUGUUUAAAAAAAAUAUCUUUUGCUUCAAAAUAAGCUUCAGUUUCAGCGAUGACCUCCUCAUUUGAGCCAAAUCUUUUUCCCUGGAGCAUUUUUUUAAGAUCAGCAAAGAGCCAGUAGUCACUGGGGGCUAAAUCUGGCGAGUAUGGGGAUCAAAGCCCAAUUCGUUCAAUUUCGCCAUUGUUUUCAUCGACUUGUGGCAGGGUGCAAUUUGUUCCAUCGAAAGCAAUCGCGGCACCCACUUGGAAAAAACCUUUUUCAUGCUCAAUUUUGAAGGAUAGUAAAUACACUUCUAUAUGGUAUCUGCACAGAUAACAGAUAUACAGGCUCGAACAAAAUUUUUCAAAAUCCUGUGUAAAUUUCAAAUUUGCUAUACGUUGGAAACAAUAUUGCCACCUACUCGACUGUUCGCCGCGAUCUUUCAAAACGUUCCACUACGUUCCGGUACGAAAACAAAAUCCUCCUGCCUGUUAUAGAAAUAUUCCAACUACAACCAUUUUAACACUUAUCACACGAUAUCCUUAAAUGUUAAAGACAAUUGUAUUUCCAUGUCGCAUAAAUCACACGAGAACUCGAUCGAAAUAAAACAAAAAUAAACUUGUCAUUUUAUCCAACAGCAAAAUAAAAGUUUAGCGUGAAGUGAAUGUUGCACCCAAAAUUGUUGCUCAGUGAAAGCGGCACCCAAAUCGUGGUGGCACCUCGUGUCGAUCGUGGUGACAUCUGAAAGUGUUCGCCACGCUGAUUGAGCAAAUUUUACACAUAGUUCAUAUGUGAGCCUGUAUAUCUGUUAUCUGUGGUAUCUGUGUCAUCUCAGCAAUAUCACGGAGCUUUACUUUAUGAUCUUUCAUCAUAAUUUUUGUCACUUCACUCACAUUUUCCGGUGUAACGGCUUCCACAGGUCUACCCGAGCGUUCCGCGUCAUUUGUGUCGGUACGACCACGUUUAAACUCGGCGAGCCAUCGACUAAUCGUUGCUUUUGAUGGACAAGAGUCCGGAUAACAUUUUUCAAUCCAUUGUUUCGCUUGCACGGUGGUUUUACCCAUUAAAAAACAAUGUUUUAUCAAAACACGAAACUCGUUUUUUUCAUUUUUUAAACAAACUACAAAACGACUUUACUCCAACCUCGAUAACUCAGCUGUUUCUGGUCGGAUCGACUUGAAAUUUUGACCCGUUUCAAGCAAAGGUUAGUACUCUAGAAAGACGUGGUUACUGGUUUACUACGAGCGCCAUCUCUGCUUUAGUCUCGGGGCUUAUUGAUCCAUGUGUUAAAAGCGGUUCACACGCAGCAUCAAGCGACUAUCACCUGCAUGGAACGAUUACGGUACAACAACAUUAAUUUAAGCAAUUCAUAGAAAAAGACACUACGUGAAGUUCACGGAACAUUUUACCGUCGGAUACGUGAGCAUUAUUCGGCUAAACAAAUCAAUAAAUUAAUCUGGACGUCGAUCGAAGUCUGAAUCGUGUUUAAUGCAUGCGUUUCCUGAUGAAAACAAACCAAUCUCAUUUGCAUUUGUGGUUGUAAGUGAGCUGUCAGAGAGCCUAAUGUGUGUGAAUAGCACAGAGCGUGAAACUCUUUUAAUCUGUACAAACAUGUUCAAAAUCGAAGCAGAAGAAAAAAAUAAUAAUGAGAAGAAUCACUCAAUUCUCACAGAUUUCCGAACCACACAAUUUUCGGUGAAAUUCAUUCGAAAUCGGUUGUUGCUGGUUCGCAUUGAUUUGCAUUCCGAAUCAAAUCCGAACGAGCGACAAAUUUACUAAAAAUUGAAUUUAUAAAACUAGUUGAAGACCAGUUUUUCUUUAAAAAAUUUAAAAAGAAUCUAUUGAAAUUGGUUAAAAACUUACAAAAAUGCUAACCUUGGUUUGCAUCGAUUUUUCUUCUAGUUAGAGAGUAAUAAAACGGCGUAAGUUUCCGUACUUUUACUCUAACAUAUACGUGAUGAGAGCGGAAAUUUAAUGAUCUUCAUAAUGUCACUGUUAAUCGGGUUGAUCGGCCAAUCAAAAACAAGCAGUCUAAAGAGAAUUCCUUGCAUAAUUCGUCUGAAGAAUGUGUUAGGCUCGGUGUUCAAUACGUCAAGACACCAUUUUCGACGAUUGAAAGUCGCAUCAGAAGUAUUAAAAUUCUUUUUUUUAUAACCUACACACUUCGAAAAAACACAGUGAUUUUACAUCUUAUUAGACGCACAUAAAUGGAGCAUCUGAAUUCACGCAAAUUAACGUGGAAGAACAUUUAAUAUUGUGUCUAAAAUUCCACGACAUGAAAUUCAUCAAAAAAACAAUACUGAUAGCGACCCUCGCAACUUGAACCGAGAAUCAUUGGAUCGCAAAGUACGUCUUUUAAAUGACUGAACCACAGUAGCACACAUCUGUUUAGCUGGUAAAAGGUGCAUUUUAAUUCAUCCAGUCGCACCUGCUGGUAGAAUGCAAGUUACAGUCGAAACCAGUAAAAUUCAAGCUAAUCUAACAUUAUGUCAUUACAAAAGAAAUUUUCCGUCAUUUGACAAAUUAGUUUAAUAGAAAAAAUGUUGGUCGUCAUGGCUAACUUUCGAAUCUGCGAGUAUAAAAUGUAUACAAAGCAAAAUCAUGUCUGUAUUUCUGCGAUGAUUGGACUGAUCAACAUUUAGAAGUACAAAUGUUCUAUCGUUGCAGUUCACGUAUUAGUGUAAAACAUUUGGAAUUCAAUUGUGUCAUUAUAGCUAAAUAUUCAUUGAUUUUGAAAUGUGCUUUUUUUAUUUUGCUCACAGUAAGAUCUUUUGCGAUAUCAAAAUGACAAAUUGGUAUAACGAAGAAGACUGCUAUGAAGGCACAUGGAAAGCUUAAUACGUUUGAAUGAACAUCUAAUCUAUGUAAUAGUUCAUACGCAGAAAAAUCUAUGCUGAAAAGACGAAUAGAGUAAAUUUAAUGAUCUCACUAAAUCAUAUCAUCCGCUGUUAUUCAAGUGUUACCGUAUUACACUAUUAUACAUAUGUAAGAAAAGAGUCAAACACAAUUAUAAAUAUAUACAAAGAGAGACAAGCUAAAAACCAAAAAUUUAUUAGAAAGUAGUAUAUAUAAAGAACCGUGUAUAUUGACAAAAAGCAUAACUGUAAGUAAAAUCCGGAAAGGAAUAAAAACUAAUUAAAUACAAUGUUGUAACUAUGCGAAAAAAAAUCUAUAUACACAGAGCAGAACAUAUGAAUAUUCGGUAUUAACGAGUCUGUAUUCUCGAUAAUCGACGAAGAGUGCAAACCCGGUAUACAAUGCGGUAGCUGUUUAACGGUCAAACCUGCUUUUCACUCACCUAUGCGGCUAGUUAGGUCGGCUUGUUCUGUUCCCGGCGAGGUUUCUCACUAAAACUAAGCUCUGCACUGUACCAUAUGUAUGUAUUGUAUUGAAGAAAAUGUCUAGGUGGAAACCUUGCUGAUUGGACUGGUCGAUAUGGAAAGUACCUAAUCUCGACGGAAUGCAUAAACUGGUUCUAACACAUAUCAAAGUAGUGUACAACAAAUGGUUGAUGAGUUGGAGUGCUAUGUAAAAUCGUAUUAUUAUAAAGUAAAUAUAUACAUAUAUAUGUAGACUAAAUAAACCAAAUGAAAACCCACAAUGAUGAAUAUUCAAAUUGAACAGAAACAUAUCAGCUAUAUUAGGACUUUAAACGAUAGAGAAAUAAAUUGUUGUUAAAAUAUUUAAUGAAACAAACAAGUAUAUAAUAAAUAUACCAAAGCAA